UAUGGUUAUCAAUAAUGAUAAAUUUUCUAGAAAGUUUUUCUCAUUUAGAAUUUAGAAAAAAUGCCUAGCUAAUCGUGUGCGAAGAUGAUUUUUAUUCCAUUAUACGUAGUACCUAGUUUCAUGAAGUUAGAUACUUUUAUGACUGAAGAAUGAAAACAAUUUUACUUUUGAUACUCGGCUUGUGCUGGCAACCAGCUUCUGAAUCGCGAGUUUUACAAGCUGAAGCAGCUGAAAUUCAGCGGGGGGAACCAGUUGCUGAAUACUACUCGGACGAAGACGACCCACCGGAUAUACAUUAUCCAAAUCCAGGACCUGACCAACUGCCUGAUGCGCCUGGGGAUUUCAGAUGUAAAGAUGAUCCUGCCAUUGGCCCGAUUGAAAAAAACCUUGGACGUGCCCAAAUGGAUGAAAACAAAGGUGCCAUUCGUCCCUAUCGAAGUCGUUAUUUUGGUAAACAAAAUGGGAAAAAUGUUGGACCGGAAUCAAUAAAGCAACUUGACUCAUUCUUGAGUAUCGCCAGCAACAUCGAAGAAAACUCAUACAUUACUGAUAAUGAGGGUGGCAAUGACGACCAGCAUGAUGAUAACGUGCAUGAAGAAGGAGAAGGCGGUCAUCCAACUCACUUUUGUGUUCAUAAAUUUGACAUACGAGGUGGCGGAAAUAUCAAACCAUACGACAUCGACAUGGUGGUUGCGGCGAGAAACCCUAGGCGAAUGGCUAAUGUAGGUAAACGAAAGAAACGUCAAGUAAAACCAGUUGAUUUGAUUGAUCAAAGAGUCGAUUCAAUGGGGAAAUUUUUCGAGACUGUUGGUUAACCAUGAAUAUUCAAAUGGAAGACUAGGGGAUGAGACCAUAUUUCGGAAUAUUGAUUGGAAGAACACAUCACGUCGAAUUCCUUUUCGUUGCAAAGAAUGUAUAUGUUUAGGUAGUGCUGAGUAAUAAUCAGAUUUUGCAGGGGAAAGCUUACCAAGUUUUGAUUAUAAAAAGUAUUAUUUUAUUAUUCGAUAAGUAAUGUAAAUUGAAUUUUAUAGGCUAUAGUUGUACAUUCUUAAAUAUCUAGCUGUGUGUUUUUUUGUAGAUAUUUAUAUUAGUAAUUUAUUCAAUAAAAAACAUAAAAUAGGU